AUGAGACCAUUAACUGAUGAAGAAACAAAAUCAUUUUUUGAGAAAUUAGCUAAGUACAUAGGAAGAAACAUUCGAUUUUUAAUAGACAAUGAAAAUGAAGAAUAUUGUUUUAGACUACAAAAAGAUAGAGUUUAUUAUGUGAGAUUAAGUAUUGCAGAACAAGCAACAACAAUUGGAAGAGAUAAUCUGUUAACACUUGGUACUUGUUUUGGGAAAUUCACUAAAACAGGGAAAUUUAAACUUCACAUUACAGCAUUACCAUAUCUAGCACAAUAUUGUUCAUGCAAAAUAUGGGUCAAAGCAGAAGCAGAAACAUCAUUUUUAUAUGGAAAUCAUUUAGUUAAAAAUGGAAUAAGUAAAAUAACGGAUAACAUGGCAAGAAAUAUUGGAUGUGUUAUGUUUAAUGAAAAUGAUAUUGCAAUUGGAUUUGGAACAACAGCAUGUUCAUCAGUAGAAUAUUCUCGACUAAGUGCAACAGGGAUUGUUUGUUAUAAUCAAGGAGAUUUAGGAGAAUAUUUAAGAGAAGAAGAUACAAUGAUGGUCCAGAAUUAA